CAGAGCUCAGUUCCCAGUUGACAAUCGAGCGAGGCGAAAUGCAAUCUCAGCUGAAGCGGAACACUUUGCUGCUACUGCUAGUUUCUGUAGUGAUCUUGGCCAGCUGCGAGUCUGGCGGUGAUGCACACGUUCGGGUGAAGCGGAUAGUGGGUGGCAAGCAGUCGAAGGCGCCGCCCGUCGAUGAUCCCGUGAUCUUCGCGAGACUCUUCGAUCGCGAUGCGCGAGUGGAGGGAUUCCGGAAUCCCAGCACGGGCAUCUACUCGUUCCUGGGAAUGCACUACGCGGAGCCACCUGUUGGUCCCCUGAGAUACUCCAGACCGGUGUACAAAAGGCUGGCUGGUGACUUCAAUGCCACCAAGCAUGGCCCACCUUGUAUACAGCCGCAUCCGCAGUUUCCCCAGAGGAUUAUCGGCGAUGAGGAUUGCCUGCUGCUGAACAUAUACACACCGCAAAUGCCGGAUGAGAGCACGGGGCUGCCAGUGUUCGUUUGGAUCCACCCGGGUGGCUAUCGAUAUGGAUCGGCGGCUCAGUACGAUGCCACGCCCAUGGCCCAAAGGGGCGCAAUCGUGGUGGCUCCUCAGUAUCGCCUGGGAUCACUGGGAAUAAUGGGGGAUGGCACCAAGCAGUUCGAUGGCAACCUGGCCAUGUUCGACUUGGCCGCAGCUCUUCGUUGGGUCACCGAUUACAUCUCCUACUUCGGAGGCAAUCCCAAGCAGGUCCAGGCCAUAGGCCACGGAUCCGGAGCAGCCAGUGCUAUGUAUCUAUCGAUGUCGCCGACAUCGCGGAGUGCUGGCGAUGUUCACGGAGUGGUGGCCAUGUCGGGAACCGCUCUCUCUCAGUAUGCCAUGGACAAGGAACCUGUUCAGAGCGUCCAGGAAGUGGCCAAAAUCAAUGGCUGCCCCACAGGAAACGAGCUGGAAAUCGUCAAUUGCUUAAGGAGCAAAAGUGCUGAGGACAUAAUCAAGAACGAUGAUAAAGUUCAAACGGAGCGUUUGGCAGGACGUGCCCUGGUCAAAGGACUAACUGGAAACGUGGGCUUCCAGCCUCACAUCGAAAGCGAGGACGAUGGUAGGGCACUCCCCAGCUUGAUAGUUGGAGAACCGGAGCAGCAGCUGAAGAGCAGUAACUUCUCGGGGAUUCCCCUGCUCACUGGCGUCACCAAGCACGAGACAGCGAAUUCCGUCACUGUGGAAACGAUAGAAAAGGUCUUUGGAUCGGCGGAGCAGUUCCUGGGAUCUCUAAGUGAUUCCCUAAACAAAUUGACGAGUUUUCUGAAAAUCGACAAGCUAACCGGUCAGAUCGCCAAGCCGGAACUGCCGGGCCUCACGAGUGUCCUCACUCCCACUCUCCAGGACGUUUGGAAGGUGCCGCAGGCGCUGAAUGUGGAUCAAGUGCUGUCCAAGGUGGUGGAGUCCACGACCGACGUGCUGUUCAACCUUCCGGCUGUUCUGACCACCCAGGUUUGGUCCAAGCUAGCUCCAGCCUUCAUGUACAGCUUCGAGUACAAUGGCACCAAGUCGAAGGGAAUAAACUUCCUGAAGGGUCUGCCUAUCGUCUCGGAAACAGCCAACGAUAAGCCGGAAACGGUGGGUCAUGGUGAUGAGAUCGGCUACAUGUUCGAUGCAAAUGACAUAUUCGGGAAUCCCAUGGAGGAGACUCGUUUGACCAGCGCCGAGGAUCUCAAAGUGCGCAACAACCUCAUCGAUCUGUUGGUCAAGUUUGCCAAUAAGGACAAGGAAGAAGGCGGAAAGAGUUCCAUUUUCCAGAGUGUCACGGGAAAAGCCACGCCUUUUAUCAAGAUAGACACAAAACUGGAGACCUCCAAUGAUUUCCGCUUCUGCGAAUUGUCCGUUCUGGGCGCUUCACUAUCACCUCUGAGUUCCACCAGCUGUGCGGGAUUGGGUAAUUUGCUGGGCCAACUUGGAAACCUAGGAGGCGGAUUGGGAGGAACCCUGGGAGGAGUGGGAGGCAGCCUGGGAGGAGUGGGCAGCAAACUGGGAUUGGGUGGCAAUGGAGGAGGUGGUAAUCGGGGCAUAAAACCGGGUGGUGGUGGUCUCGGUCUUGGAAUUCUAUAGGUAUAGUGUUACCUCUAUCACAUUGGAAUAAUAAACGAGAAUAUUGUAAUCCAUAA